AUGAAGACAGCGCAGGUUUUGCAAGAGCCUCUAGACAUCGCGCGUCUUUCCAUGGAAGGGCCAGUCUUUGUCAAGUGCAGAGGCGAACGGCAAUUGAAGGGAACCCUCCACGCCUAUGAUGUCCACCUCAAUCUCGUCCUCGCAGACGCCGAGGAAACAGUUACAGUCGUGGAUGAAACAACAAACAAGCUCUCCAAGACGGUCAGGAAAAUGCCUCUCAUUUUCGUAAGAGGCGAUGCUGUUGUGCUUCUGUCGCCCCUCGAGGCGUAG